AUAAAACAACAACAGAGUUGAAUGUAUUGUUUUGAAUGACACGUAUUGAGCAUAUUUAUUAUAUUUUUUAAUACAUUUGUUUUGCAUCCCCAUUUUGUGUGUACGUGAAUGUGAGUGAAUGUGAGAUGUGAAUGUAUGCAAUGAUACUGGGUAGAUAAGAAAAUAAGUGCUCUACUGAGAAACGUAUACCUCAAAGGGAAGUAAGAAAAGGGGGGAAGUAGGCUACCCGUAAAUAGAGUGUCUGUCUGUGGGCAAGACCGAGAGAGAGAAAGAGAUAGAGAGAAAGAGAGCCCAAUCUGAUCUAAUAGAGGAACUUUGAAGAUAGAGAGCAUAUAGAACGCAGCGUGGUCAUUAAACAACUAACAGACAGGAGCCUUUAAACUUAAUCAAAAUAAACGAGGUAAAGAUGAAGCAUACAUUUAAAUGUGAUGAGGGCAUGCUCAUAACGAUCCCAUUGGGGGCUCUGAAGGACGGCCAGGAGGGGGAGCUGAUGCCAGACCAAUUCCACUGUGUGUUUAGAGAUGUCUACAAGGUGUUCAUUACUAAGGGAAAACCAAAGAGAGUCGGGGUAGCCCAAGCUAUUGUUGGUUUAUUUGUGCUGAGCCUUGCUCUAGUCUAUAGAGUUUCCCUUUUCGUGCCUGAUAUCUUGCCGUACUUUAAUAUUCUGUUCAUGGUCUCUGGAAUGCUGACCUUUGCUGCAGGCUGUUCUCCAAACAUGCAUGUGGCAAAACUAUCAUUUAUUUGUAACAUCAUCAGCUUCCUCUGGUCUCUUGCGGCAAUCAUGCUCCAUAUAAUAGUGUUACAAGGGAACUACCAGGUGACGCAUGGACUUACAGUUGCCUUCCUGGGGGUUGAAAUGGGGAUAACCUUAUUCUUAAUCUACUGGUUCAGUCAAUGCGUAUGUAGACAACAUUUUAACACUCUGCCUGUUGUGCGGCUUCAGGUUUAGCUUUGUGGAAGACUGGGCAAAACCUGUCAAUCUACACCGCUUUCUAUUUGGGAAUGAUCUAAAACCAGCUGUACGUUGAAGUUUGUUUUUGUUGUUUGAGUUGUGCUACUUGCAAUGAACGGUGUGUAUUUUUGUAAAAUGUAUGUAGGCCUAUGUACAUUGAUGGUAAAACGUAAGGUGUACUCGCCAUGUAGCUCUAUCUGUGAAACAUCCCAACAAAUCUCAAAUCAAAUAUCAUAUCUCAAGCUUAUAUCUGGUUAUUUGGGCAAAUGUUUCUUGUGCUUUGACUUUGAACAAUAGCUCUUUAUUUUAUUAUUAUUCCCAUAGAGAUAGUGUACCUAACUAUUAAUGUAAAUGUAAUAAAUGCAUAAAAUACUGCAGAAUAAAAUAACAAUUUGUCAGA